AUGGGCUACAGGUGUUACGCGGGCUACAUGUGUUACGCGGGCUACAGGUGUUACGCGGGCUACAGGUGUUACGCGGGCUACAGGUGUUACAUGGGCUACAGGUGUUACGCGGGCUACAUGUGUUACGCGGGCUACAGGUGCUACAUGUGCUACAGGUGUUACGCGGGCUACAGGUGUUACGCGGGCUACAUGAGUUACGCGGGCUACAUGUGUUACGCGGGCUACAGGUGUUACGCGGGCUACAGGUGUUACGCGGGCUACAGGUGUUACGCGGGCUACAUGAGUUACGCGGGCUACAUGUGUUACGCGGGCUACAGGUGUUACGCGGGCUACAGGUGUUACGCGGGCUACAGGUGUUACGCGGGCUACAUGAGUUACGCGGGCUACAUGUGUUACGCGGGCUACAGGUGUUACGCGGGCUACAGGUGUUACGCGGGCUACAGGCUACAGGACGAGCGUGGGCGCCGUCGGAGCCGCCUCCAGCUCGUGGCGCUGAAGUUCAAAGGCUCCACGGGGCCAAACGGGAGAAGAUCUUUACUCUGCGUUUAA